AUGUGUGAGCUUGGCAAAGAGACUCUUUAUGGAAAGAUACUUACAACUGGAAAAAACUUUGAGAACUUCAUUGUGGACGACAGCCGCAAAAUCCUCUACUGUUAUGUUCCAAAGGUUGCCUGCACAAACUGGAAAAGGAUCAUGUAUGUCUUGAAAAAGGGUGAGCCUUACAUCGAUCCUCUAUCUGUUCAUCGCAAUAGUGUACAUCAAACAAAAGCACUGGACUAUCUGACAGACUUCAGUCCAGAAGAAAGGGAAAUCAGGCUGAGGACUUACACAAAGUUCCUCUUCGUUCGGGACCCAUUUGUUCGCCUUAUCUCUGCCUUCCGACAAAAGUUCCAAAGCAUUGAUGAACCCUUUUAUAGCAAUUAUGGAAAGACAAUGGUGAGACUGUACCGUAACCAGUCUGAUCCUCCCAAGACACAGAGAGAGGUAAUAGCUUUAGGAUUGCAACCAACAUUUUACAACUUUGUUCAGUAUUUGUUGGACCCACGAACAGAAAGAUAUGGGCCCUUUAACGAGCACUGGAGACAAAUGCACCGCCUGUGUCACCCCUGCAUGUUAGAGUAUGAUUUUAUUGGUCACCAGGAGACGCUUGAGGAAGAUGCUGGAGAGCUUCUUAAAAUGUUAGAGGUGGAAAACAAAAUUCAUUUUCCGCCCACUAAAAAUGCGACUACAUCUGAUUUCAUCAAGGAAUGGUUUAAAACGGUGCCUCUGGAGGACAGGAGGAUGUUGUACAACCUCUAUAAAUGGGAUUUCAAAAUCUUUGGAUUCAAAAGACCAGAUGAAAUUCUAGAUAGUUAA